GGUCUCCGUAUAAGUGAAUGUGUGGGCGUACACAGUGUAUAGUAGAUGAUGUCCAUCCAUUCUUCACAACCUCAUGCAACCUAGUACCUCAUGGAGUGCAGCAUGUAUUGGAGUGUAUUUGUCACCUUCUUACUUGCCUUUUCCUUCAAGGCUACUAAUGGUCAGGUCGAGGACAUACUGGUUGGUACGCUCCCCAACUUCCAACACGGCAUAGGAGGGCAGCUGUAUCUAAGGGAUACAAAAACACUUGUCAUUGAGAACUUCUCCUAUGAUGGACUCGGAGUAGAAACCUUUCUCUACUACUUCAAGCCUGGCCAGGAGGCUGUGCACGGUGAAGGGAUCUUCAUUCCAGUGCCGGGUGGAAACCCUGCAGAUGGUAGCUUUGUGAAUAGACGUCGCUAUAGUGGAGAGCAGUUGGUGAUUGAUUUGCCUGAGGGCACAGAUGCGUGUGACAUUGGGGAGCUGACCAUUUGGUGUCGACCGUUUCGAGUAUACUUUUCAUCCAUCACGCUUAAUCAUGACGUUUUAUUUGAGGAGCGUGCAGGGCCCGAUGAAGAAUGUCUCAUCAAGGGAAGAGGUUGGUUAUAAUAAGACCCCCAGCUG